AUGGUACCGCCCCCAUUCCAUCCUCGUGCUCCCAUUCCCAUCUUCCUCUUCCUCGUCCUGCCUGUUACAUGUGACGCUAACUGGCGCGGCGUUCCGCAGGCGUCCGAGAAGAAGCAGUCCAACCCGAUGCGGGAGAUCAAGGUGCAGAAGCUCGUCCUCAACAUCUCCGUCGGGGAGAGCGGCGACCGUCUCACCCGCGCCGCCAAGGUGCUCGAGCAGCUCAGCGGCCAGACCCCCGUCUUCUCCAAGGGUGAGUGUGUGCUGAGGUCUUGCGGCUCCGUUUCUUGCCUUUCGCUGACGGGGGUGCGUCCUUUUGCCUGCUGCUACGUUGGUCUUGGUCUUGCAGCGAGGUACACGGUGCGGUCGUUCGGCAUCCGGCGUAACGAGAAGAUCGCCUGCUACGUCACCGUGAGGGGCGAGAAGGCCAUGCAGCUGCUUGAGAGCGGCCUCAAGGUCAAGGAGUACGAGCUGCUCAGGAGGAACUUCAGCGACACCGGGUGCUUCGGAUUCGGCAUCCAGGAGCACAUCGACCUUGGUAUCAAGUAUGAUCCAUCAACAGGCAUUUAUGGAAUGGACUUCUACGUCGUGCUCGAGCGUGCUGGCUACCGUGUUGCGCGCCGCAGGAGGUGCAAGUCCCGUGUCGGGAUUCAGCACAGGGUGACCAAGGAGGACUCCAUGAAGUGGUUCCAGGUCAAGUACGAAGGCGUCAUCCUCAACAAGGCUCAGGCCAACACGUCUUAA